AUGCCUGAGUAUCGACUCGCCCUGAACGCAGAGGGAGAUCUAGUUGGAAGACAUGUCUCUUUCCAGUCCCAGUCACAUUUAGGUCUACGUUCACAGAUGGAAUCCCGAAUCGUUUGCGACACUGAAUGCCGCCGCGCGUCACAGGAAAACCUUGAGGCGCUAAUAGCGGACACCGCUGCCAUAUGGUCCUCGCGUCGUGCGUCUGGCGAGAAUGCUGAAGGACACUCCGAGUCAAGCAAUUCAUAUACUCAGCAGGAUAUGGACUGGUGUUCUGCGGGUAUGCUUCCAUUUCUGCAGCAAGUUUUUGAUUCGGUCACGGACGACACAGUACGGUAUGCCAAAGAGAAUCCUAUACAGUUCGUAAUGCGCAUCCUGAGUGCCCUUGUGGUUCUCAAUCCCACUACUGUGUCGAUUCCAAUCCUCAAUCUGCUUGGAUGGGGUUCUUUAGGGCCUAUCGGUGGCUCAUUUGCGGCGUUCGUACAGACACCGCUAACUGCCGCUGGGAGCAUCUUCGCAAUACUUCAAAGUGCAGCCAUGGGUGGCUACGGAACGACAACUGUAGCUUCUUUUGUGCGAGCCCUUGCACUCUCUCCUCACGCUUAUGAUUUGUUGAUAUGUGUGUUGCGAAUGAUGAAUGUCGACGAACUGGCCCGAGAUCUUGAAAUCGCUAGAGCAGACUUGUGA